AGGUAUUCAAUAUAAACACGGGUACGACAUACCUCUGUGGCCAUAUACGGUACGCUGUAGAUUCUGACGUACGGUUUCCCAGGUACAUCAAAUAGAAACCUGAUAUGACAGCUGAUAAGGAGUCAACCAGGUGUUAUUAAAAAUGUUAAGACUGGUCAUUGAUCAUUUCUGAUCGAUAAAUGGAAAUCUAAUUUUCCGUUUUGGAAACGCGACUAGCGGUUUUGGAGAUCAAUCGAGAAUUCGUUGCAUCAAAGAUUUCACCUGAAGCAGGUAGAAAAUUCUUUGCUCGCUGAUAAGGAAAAUAGACUUAAAAUGUGACUUUACUGGAUUCGAGGAUUUUUUUUAAAAACUAGAGCCGAGUUUACGAGUUGUGCAUCCUGUUUGGUAUCUAUAGAUCGAGGGCAAGAUUUGUGAAUUCAAAAGGAUUACUUUAUUCUAAAUCCGCCAUUGUGUUUAGCAGGAGACGCAAGGAUCAGCCUGAACCAAAGGCAAAGUUUUAACGCAAUUAUUGAAGUGCUGGAAAAUGUUAUUAAUUAAUUUCUGAAUUAAUUAAUGAUCGUUAAGUGUUUAAUAGACGAAAAAAGUAAACACAUUGGCAUGUAAGUAAUAAAUCGCUGCAGACUUUCCAACAGGAUUAAGCACUUUAAUCUCAGAACAAAGCUCAGGGUGCAAUCGUACAUGUUGUGGUCGUGAAUUUUAUAUGUAUAUUCUAGAAACAAAGGAAAAUGCAUGUGUCACUAAAUGAUUCGUCAUUCAAGAAAAAGCAUAGCAAACAGUGAAACAAGUAAUUAGAUUGUUUCAAGUCGUUCAACGAUGCCAGCCUUAGAGAGUCCGAGUUUCAGCUCGUCUCGUAUACAGAGAGCCUACCGAAUAAAUAAUAUAGAGUAUGCAAAACUUCAGGGAAAAUUGAACUUGUUGGAGAAGGAGAAAAUUCACUCCAAACGAGUGAUAAAUCAGGAUAUACGACUGAUCUCUUUGACUUUGGACUACAUCAACAACUGUAGCGGCCACAGCCCGGAGGGACUGGCGCCGGACUCCGAGGAGGAGUACGAACGGGAGGAUGAAGGGCCGUGUUUCAUGUAUGGAGAGCGGAUCGUAAGUCGGAAGAAGAGGCGGUUCAAACGCUCUCAGUCGGCGGCCGAAAACAGCAGGAGUUCCGGCAGUUUGUCAUCCAUUCCUUCUUCACUUCCCGCUUCCAUUCGUCCACAGAGCAGUCCGGUCGGCCGGGCGACAUUUGUGACGACAUUAAAUGCAAAAGAUAGCGCGCGUGACAAUGAUCCUUAUUCGGACAAGGAGUCCGUGCAUUCCGAGAGUACUUCUUUGUCCUGGAUGUCUGAAUCUUCUAGCCUUACUCGGAAACUCAUAAAAGCAAAUCGCGGACGACCAAGGCGGGAAAGUCUGCAUGAAAAAGGAACUCGGCGCAUGCGCAGUCACAGUUCCGCUAAUAUACAGUCUCUUCCCAGACAGUUGAUGCCAGUUGAUGGCGGGAAAAGCGGUGCUCACGAUGAACGGCGCGCCUCAACUGCCAUGGCAAGGAAUGCCGGGAUUUCUGAGAUUCUGAAUCAGAGGCGACCGACAUUGACUUCCGAUGCUUGGAAAUCUCAUCUUGCCGGACAAAAUAAGCAUGGUGCUGCUCCAAUGACCAUGGCUUCUCAAAGACAGAGAAUCAUGGACUACAAACUUCAGGUGAACGAAGAGAGAAAGAGUGCUGUCAACCAAAAGUUUAAAGACUUCAUGAAGAAGAUUGGAUAAGUAAACCGUUCAUAGUGUGUUUGUGUGCCAAUCAUUGUUGUUAUUACAAUCAUUUCAUACCAAAGCUAAUUUAUUUAAGCUUGUAUUCAUACAUUGUACGAAAUUCCAUUUCAUUCUUAUAAAAGUUAUUCCAUUUAAUGUUAUGCACUAGCAACUGAAUCUACAAAUAAAGAUAUAAUGUGAGACAUUGAUGAAUAAUAAACAAUUGUGCAUUUAG